UUACUCUAUCUAUUAUUUCUUCUGAGAAAUUAAGCUCCAACAGUAUGGGGAACAUAGCUGGUUCUAACAAUAACACAAUUCUUCCCAUUAACACCACAUUUAAGCUUCCAGCUAAUAUACCAGUUUGGCCAAAAGGUGAUGGAUUUGCAAGUGGAAUCAUUGAUCUUGGUGGUUUAAAAGUAUCACAAAUUUCAACAUUCAACAAGGUUUGGACAACACAAGAAGGUGGACCAGACAAUUUGGGAGCUACAUUCUUUGAGCCAACAGGAAUACCAGAAGGGUUCUUCAUGUUAGGAUCAUACAGCCAACCAAACAGCAAGCCUUUCUUUGGUUUUGUUCUUGUUGCAAAAGAUGAUUCUUCAACAGGAGCAUUAUUAUUAAAGAAACCAAUUGAUUACACAUUGGUAUACACCAGCAAUUCCACCAAGAUCAAGCAAGACAAAGAUGGCUAUGUUUGGUUACCAGCACCACCUGAAGGAUACAAGGCCUUGGGACAUGUUGUUACCAACACACCCCAGAAGCCAUCAUUGGACAAAAUCAUGUGUGUGAGGUCAGAUUUCACUGAGCAAUGUGAGACAUAUUCAUGGAUUUGGGGACCACAAAAGAGUGAAGAUGACAAAGGUUUCAAUGUCCAUUCCAUUAGGCCAACCAAUAGAGGAAUCAAAGCUCAAGGUGUUCUUGUAGGAACCUUCUUAGCCCACGUUGGUGCUGCCACAACAAGCACUAUUCCUCUUUCUUGUUUGAAAACUUCCAACAUUAACAACUUCUCUUUUUCAAUGCCUAAUCUACCCCAAAUUAAUGCAUUAGUUCAAGCUUAUGCUCCAAUCAUGUACUUGCACCCUGAUGAAAAGUACCAACCUUGUUCCACCGAUUGGUUUUUCUCAAAUGGGGGCUUACUAUACCACAAAGGUGAAGAAUCAAAGCCUGUGGCGAUAGAACCAAAUGGCUCAAACCUCCCACAACUUGGUUCUAAUGAUGGGACCUAUUGGUUAGACCUUCCUAGUGACAAAACCAACCAUGACAGGGUCAAAAAGGGUAAUUUCAAAACAUGCCAAGCCUACAUUCAUGUGAAACCAAUGUUUGGUGGAACAUUCACUGACCUUGCAAUGUGGGUUUUCUACCCAUUCAAUGGUCCUGGAACUGCAAAACUAGGACUCAUAGGCAAAGUUCCAUUGGGGAAAAUCGGCGAACACGUGGGGGACUGGGAACAUGUUACACUAAGAAUAAGCAACUUCAAUGGCUGGUUGUGGAAUAUUUACUUCUCACAACAUAGUAAAGGCCAAUGGGUGGAUGCAUCAAUGGCUGAAUUCCAAAAUGGGAACAAACCAGUGGCUUAUUCUUCAUUGAAUGGUCAUGCUUUGUACCCAAAAGCUGGCCUUGUUCUUCAAGGUACUGGUGACAUUGGAAUAAGAAAUGACACUGCUAAGAGCAACAUGGUUGUGGAUUUUGGAGUAGGGUAUGAGAUAGUUGCUGCUGGUGAGUAUUUGGAGAAAGAGAUUGUUGUGGAACCUCCAUGGUUGAACUACUUUAGGGAAUGGGGUCCUAAGAUUAACUAUGACGUGAAAGAGGAGUUGGAGAAAUUGGAGAAAGUGUUCCCUCUUUUGAAAGAGCUUCAAGAUAUUUUGCCGAGUGAGCUGUUGGGAGAAGAAGGCCCAACAGGGCCUAAGGUUAAGAACAAUUGGGGUGGUGAUGAAAGUUAGAAGCAAAAAUACAGAAAUUAUUUUUUAUAUUUAUGGAGGUGAGUGGGGUUAAUAGAAAUUGGAUGCGGGAGUGGUGAUGAGUACAUCUCGUAGGUGGCGAGAAGCAGGGGUCGCAACACGUAUAUGCGGACACUACAGGUUCUGUUCAUGAAAAAGGCAGUAGAAGAUACCCAUAAGCAUGCAUGAAAGUAGCAUAUUGUUAAAAUAAAGUGCGAUUAUUAGAAGUGUGGUUAUUAAUGAAGAAAAGUGUGAUUUAAGUUAAAAUGAUACAAAAUUUAAUUCUUUCUAACAGGACAACAUAUUGUUUGA